UGGCUCGCUUCGCUCACCACCUAAUUACUAAAGGUAAUAGUUGGUGGCGUGGAUAGUAGCUCCUCCCCCUUGCGUCGUAACUCCUCCCCCUUACGGAAAAGGUCCCUUAGCCCACUUGAUUCUAGCAUCUACCGUUACUAAAGGUAGUACUGUAGUUGGUGGCGCAGAUAGUAGAAGCCCUCUGGACUAGCUCCUCCCCCUGACGUUGGAGGUCCUUUAGCCCACUUGAUGGAUACUAUUUCAUAAAGGGAGACGCCGCCACACUUUAUCAGCAGCAAGAAAACUAUUGGUCACAUGAUCUAUAACAAGACAGCUAAACUGAAUGAACGCUGCGCUCCUGUUUUGUCCGUCUUAGAAGAGGCAUUUUGUUGGAGCUUCUUUCACUUAAAUACACAUGGGGUCUUCAUAAAAAUGGCGUCUACACGUACAAACCAUUUUACAGCAUAGCAGACACUUCGUGGAGGUUCUCCUAUCCCAUGUGUUACCGAUGAGAAGCGGAGGGGGAGGAAGCUCAGGGCGGGUGUUAGAAGGAAAUCUUCCCUUCUCUGAUUCCUAUUGGCCUGGCAGCUGUCACUCAGCAGCACAUAGGAGAACAGAGUGUGUGUAACAAAGGGCAGGGUGACAGCAGAGGGGCAGUCUGUGUACCACCUGUGCCAGGACACCCAGCAAUACUCGCCCCUGGGCACAGUGCGGACCCGCAGCGAGGCAUGAAGUGUGAAAACUGCACCAAAACGGAAUGCAGCAGGAAGAAGAAGGAUAAGGAAGACGCUGAACUGUCCGAGCCACUGUCUGUUGCAGAUGAAGAUGAGAAAAGUGAAUUUCACCGCCUGUCAGAUGCCCGUAUCUUUCUGAGCGAUUGCCUGGCAUGUGGAAACUGUGUGACCUCAGAGGAGGGUGCCCAGAUCUUUGCACAGAACCAGAAGGAGCUUUUAAAUGUUUUAAGUCUCAAUAAGAAAUGUGACUCUGCGCUGCAUAGGGUGGUUGUGGCAUCUGUAAGUCCACAGGCCGUGCCUUAUUUUGCUGUUAAGUUCCAUCUGUCUGUCUGCGAGGCGGCGAGGAAGCUCUGUGGGUUUCUCAAAGGCCUAGGUGUUCAUCAUGUUUUUGACACCACCAUUGCUGCAGAUUUCAGCAUCCUUGAGACCCAGAAAGAUUUUAUUCAAAGGUUUAGACGGCAGACACAGGACGAGCACGCCUUCCCCAUGUUUGCGUCAGCAUGCCCUGGGUGGGUGCAGUAUGCUGAGCGGGUUUUGGGUGAUUCUGUGACUCCUCACAUCUGCAGUGCAAAAUCGGCUCAGCAGAUUAUGGGGUCAUUAGUGAAGGGGUACUUUGCGACACAACAGAACCUGGCUCCUGACAAAAUAUUCCAUCUCACUGUGGCUCCUUGUUAUGACAGGAAAAUGGAGGCCCUCAGGGAAGACUAUUACACUGAGCUGUAUAAUUGCCGUGAUGUUGACUGUGUGCUGACAUUAGGAGAAGUGAUACACAUUAUGGAGCAGAGAAACAUAUCUGUCAAAGAAGUGGAAGAAUGCCCUCUAGAGAAUGUCUUUGGAGGAACAACUUGUGAAUUUGUCCGCCAUGAAGGCACAAGCUCUGACGGGUAUUUAGCACAUGUGUUCCGUCAUGCAGCUAAAGAACUGUUUGAUAUGGAUGUCCAGGAGAUCACAUACAAAACACUAAAGAACAAAGACUUCCAAGAGAUAUGCUUAGAAAAGGAUGGAGAAACCGUCCUGAGAUUUGCUGCUGCAUAUGGAUUCCGGAACAUACAGAACAUGGUGCUCAAACUCCGAAAGGGGAAAUUUCACUAUCACUUUGUGGAGGUUUUAGCUUGCCCAGGGGGGUGUUUCAAUGGAAAAGGCCAGGCACAGACAGCUGAUGGAAAGCCAGAGCGGGCCCAGCUGCAAGAGAUGGAGGCCUUAUACACACGUGUGCCAGUGCAGAACCCAGAGAGCAACCCACACAUACAAGACCUAUAUGCCAACUGGCUUGAAGGAGCAGAGUCCCAGAAAUCAAGGGAGACUCUGCAUACCAAAUUGGUACCCACUUCCCUGAAUGCUACACGGGUGGAUAUGAAAUGGUGACAUCCCUUGGGCAUUGACUGAAGUCCCACACUUGUACUGUCCUAUGCAAUAUACAGGUGACUGCUGCCAGUAGUAGGUUGUCUAUUGCCUCACAAAGGAAUGGACAAAAUGGACCAUUUUACAUGCUAAACAUCUCGCAAUGCUGCUGAGGAGAAAUCAGAACCAUGGGUAAAAAAAAACUUGUUACAGAUGUAUUGCAAGUGGAAAAGGCUAAAAAGCAGAGGGGAAAUUAUGUAUUUGUGUGCUUGAUGUAAUAUGUGUUUAGGUGGUCGACAUGUCCAAUAUAAAUAUUAAACACUUAACCCUUUGCUGCUGGAUCGACCUUGUGGUGAUAAAGGGUUCACGCUGCGGUGCAUGCCUCUUGACCUAUUCCAUCCCAGAAUGCAGUUUGUAUUUUAUUUAUAUUGCCUUCUUUUCAUUUCAUUGCUGCUUACAACGGCCCUUUUAACAUUCUUGGCAUGGCAACCCAUGUAUCCCUGAAGUGGUGCUAGCUCUGGCAGCCAAAGAUUUAUCUUGUCGAGUCUUGUUAAAUGUCUUCUACUGCCAUGAAACUAUCCAAAGAAUACUCCGCAAUUUGCUUCCAGAACGAUAUCUCAUACUUGUCGUGUUGCCUUUGCACAAUGCAGGCAGCCAUUUUGUGUUUUGAGACAAGCCACGCUAUUAUUUUACUAGGAGCUAGUGAUGUCUUCAGGCACGAGGCAUAGUAAUGUAACUAGUUCCAAAAGAAAUAAUAGACCACAAAAUGGCUGCCAUUACUGUUUGUAGGUGACUCAAAAACAGCAAUUCUGUGGUACAUGGUACAUUACUUGGUGGAAGAAAACAGAAAUUUGCACCCACAUUGUCUUUUGAUGUUAUCAAAUUUACCAGUAAAAGUAAUGGUACCGUUUAUAUGUAGCGCUAAAGGAAUUUGGGAUUGAAACCAUUCAAUAUAUCUCAGAUUACCAGUCUUUUUUUCUUUCUGUGUUAUUUAAAUUGCAUCCAUUUUCAUGUAUCCGUCCAGUUUUAACUCCAGUUUUAAAUUGUAAUGCCAAGAUUCCAGCCCUAACUAAUUACAAAGCAGUAUUUGUUCUUAAUGAGAUUUAUAUAGGAAAAUACAAUAAUUCCUAGUAAUAUUCUUAUGUCACAUAUUUGAUUACACAUCAAUACCAUAUUAAAUCAUCAUAUCAUUCGUAUUUUCUGUAUUAAAGACUCUUAUGUGGCAAAGAGAUAAAUUAUUUAUCAAAAUGUUUAUUUUAUUUGGUAUUCCAUAAAAUGUCUUUACAUUUCAUGACAUCAUUUGCUGUCAUGGCAAACUGAAACGAUGAAGAAAAACAAAUAUUUAGCAAAUUGUAAAUAUUUUUGGGCAUUAGUCUGAUUUGUUGCUGUUUCAAAUUAAAUUGGCUACAUGUCUGUUUUCCAUACAAACUUUCUACUGUUUUCUGUGUAUUUUUUCUUUUUCUGUAUUUAAUCAAUAAGGAAGCCUUCAAGAAUUGUGUUUAUGUUGUAUGAUGUAAAGAUACUCUAUAAAAAUAUUUGAUUUUCCAAUUUUAUUUUGUUACAUACAUUUUUCUUUUAAGUGCAGCCCAUGAAUCAACCUUAAAAUCAAGGUGUUCCUAUUUGAAUAGUAAUCAAUAUCUAAGAUGUGCAUAAGCUGCCGCAUAGCUUAUCCUGCGGGGUAAACUGAGAGAUCAUCAGGGCAUUGUUACCACAUGGCCAAAAGGGCAAGUCAAUCUGCUUAUUCAUUUGCUUAGAAUUUCAUAGAAAUGCCUUUUAAAUGUGAAAUAAAGUCUUUGGGUGGAAUUUAA